AUGAAGAGAAAAUGGGAAGAAAGACUGAAGAAAGUGGAAGAACUAGCGUCUCACUAUGAAAGAAACCCUCUUCCUCCAGUUUAUAGACCAAAACUGUCCAAACCCUUUCUGCCAUCCUCUGUUUGGAAAAUAUUUUGUCGUCAGGCUGAAGCUUUCAAUUAUGUAAAAACGUGCAAAGAGGAUGUUCAUGUAUUUGCCUUAGAAAAGAAUAUACAAAGUGGAAAGAGGUUUUACCUUGUGACAACAUAUAAAGAGCUUUGGUUUUAUUACACGAAAGGUUAUAAAACAAGUCUUAUGCAUUGCUAUGAAGUAAUUCCUGAAAAAGAUGCUUGCAAACUUUAUUUUGAUUUGGAGUUCUACAAACCAGCAAAUCCUGGUGCAGAUGGCAAGAGUAUGGUUGCGAAGUUAAUUGAGCUUGUCAGCCAAAAAUUAAAAGAACUUUAUGAUGUAAAUUGUUCAGCCAAAGAUGUCUUGAAUCUAGAUUCCAGUACUGAUGAAAAAUUUAGUCGACACUUGAUAUUUCUACCCCAAAAGACUGUAUUUAAGGAUAAUACUCAUGUUGGUAACUUUGUGAGAACCAUUUUGCAGCCUGCUGUAAGGUUAAGGGAGAGUAAAGCUGCUGUCGUGAUUCCAGAAGAAGGAGCAGGACAUAUUUUCCAGUGUUCUGCAGAAGCAGUUGGAUUAGAUGGUUCUCUUACAAACCUCACAGCUGUCGAAGAUGCUUCCAAAGGCUGGCCAGCUGUUGCUCGCGAAACAAAAGAUACGGAAACAUCACACCAGGGCGAAAAUUUGGAAUUUUCCUUUCUAUUGGUAAAUGAUAAAGAAGGAGACAAGCAACUUUUUGUGGAUCUAGGAGUUUAUACAAGGAAUAGAAAUUUCCGGAUGUAUAAAUCAUCAAAAGCAGGAAAAAAUGUGAUUCUGAAGAUAGCAGAGGAUAAUAAGUUUGUCCCUAACUGUGAAGAGAAUGUUUCCUUGGAAGAAGCAUAUUUUCUUUCCUCUUUGAUCUGCAACAUUAGGGCGAAGGAUGACACAAAAGUUCUGUCAUCUGGCUUUUCAGAGGAGGAGAGAGAAAUGUCUGCUUUUUUAAACAGUAAAACUACCAGAAGCAGUAGAGAUUCCAUGGAAGGUUAUCAGGAUUCACCAUAUCCAGAAAUUGAUUAUUUUGUUCGUUCUUUGGUUAAUAAAGACAGUGUGCAAGGAGGGAUACGACGAUGGAAUUAUUUCUCUCUGGAAGAAAUACUUGUAUAUGAUAUUUUUGGUUACCGUUGGUGUGAAAAUAUUGGAAGAGCUCAUAAGAGCAACAACAUAAUGAUUCUGGUAGAUCUAAAGAAGGAAGUCUGGUAUCAAAAGUGUCACGAUCCAGUCUGCAGAGAAAAAAAUUUCAAAUCACAAAGUUUUCCAUUACCACCUCGGAUAUGUCUCCCUUUUCUUUUCAAAGAGGAAGAAGAGUAUACACUAAUGGAUGAAAGGGGGAACAGAGAAGAAAAAGUAAAACCACAUUCUAAUGUGUCUGACUUGUCAAAAAGCUCAGUAACUCUAGAAGAAAGCUUGUCUCAAGACCUCCUGUUGUCAGACAGUGAGUGGGGCAAUGCAAGUGAUGAUGCCUGUUUCCUAGAAGCUACUGAAGAUGUGGAACUAGCUGAAGCUGCAAAUGAUAGUCUGAAUUAUGCCGUGGAAGAAAUUCCUGAUGAAGUUCUUUUGGAAGCUUUAAGGAAACAGGACACUUGCAAUAAAGAAGGCAGCUAA